GCGACGUCAACAGAGGGUGCCGUUGGUGUUUAUAGGCGGAUUUCACUCCGAGUUACAGCAAUUUAAAUCGGGAAGGUACGUUUUUGUGACUUGCAGCGGAGGUUUUAUUCCAGAAUCUGGCAGCUAAAGUGAUGCAAUUUGCUGCAGAUCCUUAGAUGGAGCCCAGCAAGAAAACUCAGCAUCGAGGUACUUUUGAAUGUGAGCUGUGUGGAUUAAAAGCCCCAUACAGCUACUAUGGUCAGAAACCUCCAAACCCCUACUCGGUUGCUAUGGAAUUCUCCUUGCCCAGCCUUCUGGAAGAAAGCUAUGUCAUGAAGGAUCCAUUCACCUCUGACAAGGACAAAUUCCUCAUUCUUGGAUCUCGGUGUAAUUUGUGUCGCAAGUGUGUAUGUGUUGGCACAGAGUGUAGCCUUUUCUACUCAAAAAGAUUUUGCCUCCCAUGUGUUAACUUACACUUAAAAGAGUUUCCUUUGGAAAUAAAGCAAGAUUUGGAAAAGAAAACACAUUCUAAAUCCCAGUCAUCAAAAACGAAAGAUUCAAAGAAGAGCUAGGUCAGUUUGGCUCAAGUUUCAGAAGUGUGCUUUUGUAAAAUAAAAAUUAAAAACCCA